CACAAAAAUGCCGUGAUAAGCCAAAUACACACAACACAACCAAAACCAACCCACCUCUUUUAUCACCCACCACCACUGCUUCUCCGACGAUCUGAACAACAAAUUAUAUUUAAAAAGAAUAAGAAAAAAAAAGGAGCCGGCUUUCAAAACAUGGUAUCAAACACAACAUGGCUUCGAUAUCUCGCCAGGCGUUUCGAGUAUUCCCUCGCCCUUAGCUACAAGAGCUACAAACAUGGUAAACUAUCUAACACAGAAGUAGGUGACAACAUUAUGAAAACUUUUUUCCAAGGAAAGUUAACUUUUUUGCAUUGGAACAAGGGAGAGGAGAUGGCUCCGACAAUAGCACCCGAGGGCGGAACUCUUCUUGUUAGGAAACUACCUGCAGCAGAUGCACAGCGUGUUUUUGUUGGGGAUGUGGUGGUCAUGAAGGACCCUGAAAAAUCAGAUAAUUAUCUAGUUAGAAGAUUGGCUGCCAUUGAAGGGUAUGAAAUGGUCUCUAAAGAUGAAAAAGAUGAACCGUUUCUACUUGAAAAAGAUCAGUGCUGGGUGUUGGCUGACAACGAAAAAUUAAAGGCCAAGGAAGCAAAAGACAGUCGGUUAUUUGGUCCGGUUUCAAUGAACGACAUAAUUGGCAGAGUGUUGUAUUGCCUGAGAACCGCAGUUGAUCACGGUCCUAUUCAAAACAGUCCAUUCAGCAUGCAGAAGGACUUGCCCGUGUUGGAAGUGGAAUUGGAUGUUGAUGAAAUGGCCAAAAACCAUAAAGCUUAGAAAGUAUUUGCAAGAAAGAAAUCUCUCUCAAAUCAGUUUGUAUGUACUCUGUUUUUCGUCAAAUUUUUACUAUGUUGUUCCUCAAGAACAAAGAGUCAAUAAUUAAAGUUCAGAUCUUCUUGAUUCCAAUUGUCUACAAGUCAAGCAGGAUAUCUUUUGGGAGAGAUGGUGUAUUCUUAUCAUGUUCUUUGUACUUUUCAACUUCUGCCCGAUUUGGUGACAUGGGUUUAUUAGAAAACUUGAUGAUCUUGCUUGGAUUUUUGUAUGUUCAUGAGCUGCCUAAUAUCGGAGUGAAAUCCUGAGGCAUUGAUGUUAUUGUAUGUCUUUUUCUUUCUCUGUCAUAUUAUUAAAACAAGGCA